CCAGCCCGCCUCAGGCAGACGCCGGUGUCGGAUUGUGAGACACCCAGAGAGCGAGAGACCUCGGGAGCGUCUGAGGUUGCCAAUAACUUUCGGCUUAAAUAAUCAUCUCGAUUCCGUCUAUUUUUAUUUAUAAUGUCUACAUCGGGGCCCUUGGAUCGAGUGGAACUUUGUGAAAGCCUCCUGACAUGGGUUCAAACAUUCGGCGUGGAGGCUCAAUGCAAGACUGUCGAGGAUAUGACGAAUGGUGUUGUUAUGGCGCAGGCUCUACAGAAAAUAGAUGAAGUAUAUUUCAAUGAUGCAUGGAUUAGUCGAAUCAAGCCAGAUGUGGGUGACAACUGGAGGUUAAAGGUCAGCAAUCUAAAGAAAAUUCUCAAAGGUAUCCUAGACUACAACCAGGAGAUUCUCGGCCAACACAUAAACGACUUCACGCUACCUGACGUCAGUCUCAUUGGAGAGCACUCCGACCCGGCAGAGCUCGGGAGGAUGCUUCAACUCAUUCUAGGCUGCGCUGUCAACUGUGAACAGAAGCAAGAAUAUAUCCAAACCAUCAUGAUGAUGGAGGAAUCAGUCCAGCACGUUGUCAUGACAGCCAUCCAAGAGCUGAUGAGUAAAGAGACUCCAGUGACAGGCGGAAAUGACUCCUACGUGGAUCUCGACAGACAGCUGAAGAAGUCUGUUGAGGAGCUGAAUGAAGCUUUGGCCACAAAGGAGGAGAUUUCCCAGAGGUGUCGAGAGCUAGACAUGCAGGCCCUCCAUGUUCAAGAGGAGCGUGAUAGACUGAGAUUAGAGUUUAAUGAGCUAGAAGAGAGGGUUGCGGCCCUGCAGGAGGAAAAGAGUAGUUUGCUUGCAGAAAACCAGCUUUUAAUGGAGAGGCUCAACCAGUCGGACUCCAUUGAGGAUAUAAACAGCCCAGCUGGCCGCAGACACCUCCAGCUCCAGACACAACUGGAGCAGCUCCAGGAAGAAACGUUCAGGUUGGAAGCAUCAAAAGACGACUACCGGAUCCGUUGUGAGGAGCUUGAAAAAGAACUCUUGGAGGUUAGGUCGCAGAACGAAGACCUCACAUCUCUGGCAGAUGAAGCCCAGUCACUGAAGGAUGAGAUGGAUGUGCUUAGGCAUUCCUCAGACAAAGUGUCAAAGCUUGAGGGCACAGUCGAACACUACAAGAAGAAACUUGAGGACAUGGGACUUCUUAGGAGACAGACUAAGCUUUUGGAGGAAAAGAACACGGCGUUAAUGCAGACCAACAUCGGUUUAGAAGAAGAGAUUCGAAAGGCGAAUGCUACCAAGGGUCAGUUGGAGACAUACAAAAGACAGGUGGUCGAACUUCAGAACAGGCUGUCCGAGGAAUCGAAAAAGGCCGACAAGAUGGAGUUUGAGUACAAACGCGUCAAAGAGAAAGUCGACUCGCUCCAGAAAGAAAAAGACCGGAUGCGAACGGAGAGAGACUCUUUGAAGGAGACCAUUGAGGAGCUGCAUUGCGUCCAAGCUCAGGAGGGGCAACUUACGUCAGGUCUUCUCCCUCUAACUGGCGCUGAUGGCUCUGAUUCGUUGGCGGCUGAGAUCACAACGCCAGAAAUUCGGGAGCAUUUAAUUCGCCUUCAGCAUGAGAACAAAAUGCUGAAGCUGGCUCAAGAGGGCUCCGAUAACGAGAAGAUCGCACUUCUCCAGAGUCUGCUGGAAGACUCGAAUCGAAGGAACAGUGAACUGGAGACCGAAAACAGAUUAACCAAUCAGCGCUUGAUGGAGGAGCAAAGUCAGAUAGAAGAGCUACAGAAGAAUCUUCAGGAACAAGGUUCCAAAGCGGAUGAUUCCUCCUUGAAGAAAAAAUACGCAGAGCACAUGGAGAAGCUCCAAGAGGUGAACAACGAGUUGCUCAAGAAGAACGCCUUCAUAGAUGAGAUGGAGCCCAAAUACGCGGCCAGCUCUCAACGAGUGGAUGAACUGGAGGAGGCCUUGAAAAAGAAAGAUGACGAGAUGAAACAAAUGGAGGAGCGGUAUAAGAAAUAUCUGGAGAAAGCUAAGAGCGUGAUUCGUACUCUGGAUCCUAAGCAGAACCAGGGCUCGGGUCCAGAAGUUCAGGCCUUGAAAAACCAGCUGCAGGAGAAAGAGCGAAUGUUGCACUCAUUGGAGAAAGAGAUGGAUAAGACGAAGAGCCAGAGGGAUUACGAGGAGAAGCUAAUCGUGUCGGCCUGGUACAAUAUGGGAAUGACUUUCCAGAAGAAGGCGGCCGAAGACAGAUUGGCCAACACGGGCUCGAGUCAGUCUUUCCUGGCCCGCCAGAGGCAAGCCACCAAUUCGCGUCGUGCCUACCCAGGCCACGUCCAACCAGCUACCGGAAGAUCCGUGAGGUAGCGAUGCCAGGCAAGACUGCCAAAAAAAACUUUUCACCACUUUUAUUCCCGUCUAAACUUAUUUUUCCUGAUGGCGGACCCCACACAUCCCAGCAUUGUUCUAUAUCAUCAGGCAUUAUUAAUCUCCCGAAACGCAUUGCUCUCCACUUAAUGUCAACCUCUACAGGCAGUACUCAUGCACAAUUCUACCUAUAUCAGUCUUAAACAUUUUUUUUGCUACCUCUAACUACUCAUAUUAAUAUAAUACUUCAUAUAAUCAGUUCAUGAUGACCAUCCUCAGGAAAGAACCACGCAGACAUCUUUUUUUUCAGUACUGUAAUUCCUAACCGGGCUCAUGAGUACAAUAUGUUGACUCGGAGGGUUGGAAAAAAACAAUUUCAGAAGGGUCAAAAGCUUCACCAGCGUAUAUUGGUUCUUUCAUCAAACAUUUAGUGCCAAAAUGGAAUAUUGAAUACACUAUAAAGACAAAAGGGUUGGUACACCUGCAUCUCCUGGAAGUGGAAAUUGAAGAAAGAAUAGAUUGGAGCAUCCCGUUCAUUUUUUUUCUCUCAAUGUCAUGCCUUUUACCCAGAACAACAUUCAUGGCUCACAAUUUUCAUUUCCAAACCUUUUCUACUCUCCGACUUUCAAAAAGGAAUGUUAUGAAUUUGUCAUCUUUGCAGACACCAGAUCUGAUGUGGGGAGAUGUUUGAUUUUUUUUUAUUAUUAUUUACCGUGGCCAAGAAGUACAAAUGAGGUCUAAUGUGUGCACAAAAUACGAACCGGUGGCCAGCUUCAAUCUUCCCACAAAAUACAAAUGAAUAUCAUUCCUGAGAAAAAUUGCUCAGACUUUCUCUUAAAGCUAUAAAGUGAGAUAGAUGACUUUUUGUGUUGCUGUUACUAACUCAAAGUAUGCUUCAUCACACAAAACGACGGUAGUAAUUGCGAUAUUUUAUGCAUGUUAUACCCAUUCCAUGGCCACAAAUGAUCACUUUGUGCGCGACUUGCAUCAAAACUGUGGCCACAGUUUCAAAAUUAUAUUUUCCCCGCAUCACGUCUGAGACACAGCAGUCAUCCGCUUGAAUCAGGGCCAAAAUUUGCUGCUAACAUUCCCUGCUAUCUGACCGCAAAUCUCCUGUUCUCCUCCCUACCCCUCCCCAUCCCCGACAGCAAUAUUCCAGCAUGAUCGGCACACCAGAGACCCGGCUCGAUAUGGUCUGGCCCGUCUGUGGUCCGAAACCCGAGGCGCACGAUGCAUGAAAUCCCUGCCUGCAGACUCUUUGCAUGACUUUGCGUUGACUGUGAGUUAACCCGGCAUACAGCAUGAGCACUAACAACCCUCUGCAGCGUUGCAAUCCAAAAGCGCGCCAGUAGGGGGGGCCGUGGGUAAAGGAAACACUUGACUCCUCUCCUCGACCAGUUCAUUUAGUCAUCUCUUGUUUUCCUCUCUUGCUCAUCACGGACAUGCCUGCCUGUGUUUCCCUAACUGCAUCAGUUCUGUUACGAACUCCUCAGCCAAGGCCAGAACAGCACAGUGACAUCUAUCCUGAAUACCUCAACGGCAUUUUUUCCCCAUAUGUUCUGUCGUGAAUUAAUGUCAGUUAUGUGAGAGGAAAAUACCGGUAAUCCAAAUGCGGGGGAAAAAAUAGACUCCUUUUUUCGAGAUCGUUCCUCUCCCCUUUUGGACACUGACAUUGUGUAAAAGAAAAAAAAACUCCUUAACAGGUGACCCAAGGGCAUGCUAGCUGGGUUUUGAGCUCAAGUUUUAGCAGAUAGGCAUAGGAUGGGAAAACGU